AUGUCCCUUGUUGAUAUUAGCUUAUCAUCCAUUCGUCCUACCCUCAGCUUUUCCUCGAUGAUGAACGUGAUGAAAUCUUUCAUAGUCAUUGUAUUUGAUUACUUCCUCAUUCACAUUCUCGUCAUUACUGUUGGAUCAACCUCGGCAGAUUCCCCAUCGAACCGCUCAACAAAAUCCCUGAGUAGUGGCCUGCCCAGCUGUCAAACCUACGCCUUGACUAAGAGAUCGAUUACGGGGGUUCUGGAUGCUUGCGAUUCAUCCCAGGCAGCCCCGCGGGCUGCUUUGCAUACCACCGAUGCCCGCGUGGCUAAACUGCCGGAUAUCCCGAAGCCUGCCAAAUCGGCUGCACCCAAGGGACGGUUUGAAUUCGAUGGUGAUUGCAAAAGUGAAGAGCUUUCGGAUGAGGAAGUGAUCUUCGACAGCCUCUCAACUAUCCAGAAAACUCACAUUGCCAUCUUCACCAUUUAA